AUGAGCAUCCCCCGCAGCCAGACCACCUACAAGAAAAAAGAGGGCAUCCUGACCCUCACCGAGGACCGCAAGUUCCUCAUCUGGACCCCGUUGCCGGCAACGGGGCCGCCUACUGUGUCGCUGGCCCUCGAUAACAUCACAAACCUCCAACAGACGCCCCCGGGCUCGGCCAAGGUCAUUCUCAAGUUCACCGAGCGCCCGCGACCCAAUGCCGAGCCCGGCGCCCCGCCACCGCAGUACAUGUUCCAGUUUACCCACCCGACCGAUGCUCGGGCUGAGGCGAAUGCAAUCCGCGACCUGCUCUCCCAGCUGCUCGCCGCGGCAAGGGAAAAUGACCCGAAUGUUCCCAAGCCUGCUGCUGCUGCUGCUGCUGGUGGUGGUGGUGGUGGUCAGUCUGGUGCUACCAAUGGUGCUCCAGCUGCACCAGCGAGCCAAGCCCCCCGAUGGUUCGACGAUGCUGCCCUCAAGGCCGACAUCGACCUGCAGCAAUCGCUGAUGAAAAAGGACAAAGACCUAGCGCAGACGUAUGCUGAAGCUCUGGCCCUGAAGCCAGAAAGCAUCCCGACUGAGACAUUCAACGCCCAGUUCUGGUCGACCCGCGUCGGGCUGCUGCGCGCCCACGCCAUCGAGCUGCAUCAGAAGAAGGGCGCCUACAACGUGCUGUCGACUAUCAAGCCGCGCACGGAAGACGGGCAGCUCAAGCUGAGCAUCUCUCCGGAACAGAUCCAGAUGAUCCUGCAGCAACAUCCCAUCGUCAGACGCAUCUACAACGACAACGUUCCUAAACUCAGCGAAAGCGAGUUCUGGUCCCGCUUCUUCCUCUCUAAACUCUUCAAGAAGCUCCGCGGCGAGCGCUACACGGAGAACGACAACCCCGAUCCGCUGUUCGACAAGUUCCUCGAGGCAGACAACUCGUUCGGUCUGGCCAGCAAGAUCGUGGCCGCCCAAAAAGUACCUCACAUCAUCGACCUCGAAGCCAACGAAGAAAACCAAGGUGGCUUCAAGUCCGGCAACCGCAAGGACGUGGAGAUGCGUCCGCGCGCCAACGUCCCCAUUAUCAAAACGCUAAACUCUCUGUCGGAAAAGAUCAUGGCUAACGUCGCCCCCGCCGAUCUGCUUGAUCCGGACCCGGUAACAGCCCGCGUGCCAGCUUCUGGUUUGACGGAGGAUGAUACCCGGACAUUUGCCCAGCUCAGCCUGCGCGAUCUGCAAGGUGAUGCCGAGACGGCGAGGAUAAUCCUCAACGUGCGCGAACAGAACCAAUUCUUCCAGAACCAGGCUGCUGCUGCCGCCGGCCUAGACGGGCAGGCGUCGGAAGAUGCAAAAGUUUUUGAGCACCAGGUUCCCUCCGAGGUCCUCUUCGACGUCCACGCUGAUUUGGAGACGCUGGAUGAAGACGGCGCCGGGGGGAUCGAUCUGCACGGGAGUAUCGGCAUAGACGAUGAGAGUGAAUCCGACCCCGAAGGACAGGGUACGUCGAAAGUUCCGCAUGUCGGGUCCCGCGCGGCAAGGAAACAAGCGCAGAAGCAGAUCCUGGAGGGGAUGCGGAAGAAGAGGUUGGAGACGUAUGGUACGGGCGGUGCGGCGACUUCCAGCCUCGAUGAUGAUACCUCGCCGAUGUCUAUACCUCCAGAUAUUGCUCAGAGGUGUUACCUCACCAACGCGACCACGGUCGAGUUCCUGAGGCAAUUCUGGUCUUGCUUCCUUUCUACUGCCCCCGACUCCCAGACUGCCAACGGCCGUUCCAACUCGAGCGAGCAAAUGCAACAACUUGCCUACUACGCCGAGACCCUCCGCCGCUCGAGGGAACGCAUCGAUGCACUUGCUGCGGAAGCAGAGGUGAUCAGGCAGCAGGUAGUCGAGCGCAGGAAGCGAGAGAUAAUGGAGCAUUAUGAGCGGACGAGGAGAAAAAUAAGGUGGCAGCCGCCAAGGGGGGGUAGAGAGAGUGUGAUGGCAUUGUUUGAGGCGACGUUGGAGGCGGUUAGGGCUGCAUUGGCUGUCUGGGGGGCUGUGUCUGGAAAGGGCACGGUUUAA